AUGUGCAAAUCGAGGAGCCCACACUUGGAGCAAGAUGGCUUCGUCCAUGAGUGGGAUAUUUCCCGGCCAGCAGCCACCUGGUGCUCAUCCUGUCGGUGGACCUGGUGGACCGGGUCAGCCGGGCUUUCCCAGUAGUGUAGCCCGGGCCCAGGGAAACAACACGCUUGUGGAUGAACUGGAGGCUUCUUUCGAGGCCUGUUUUGCAUCCCUGGUAAGCCAAGAUUAUGUCAACGGGACAGACCAGGAGGAAAUUCGGACCGGCGUGGACCAGUGCAUACAAAAGUUCCUGGAUGUGGCUCGGCAGACAGAGUGCUUCUUUUUACAGAAGAGGCUCCAGCUAUCUGUGCAGAAACCAGAGCAGGUGGUUAAAGAGGAUGUGUCAGAGUUGCGUAAUGAGCUACAGAGGAAAGAAUUACUGGUUCAGAAGCAUUUGACUAAGCUGCAUCACUGGCAACAGGUGCUUGAGGAUGUGAGCGGUCAGCAUCGUAAACCCACAGACCUUCCCCCUCCCGGACCACUGGCUUUUCUGGAGCAGGCCUCUGCAAAUCUGCCACCUGCUCCUUUAAAACCAAGCUAAAAUAACAAAGUUAAGAAGAAAAAAAAACAAAACUGCCUCACAUUCAAAAUACCAUGCAUCCAAUGAGAGUCAUGAAACCCACCAACAAUCUGAGAAAGAAAUAUAAUGAUUUGCUGUCCUAAUAGAGUAUUGUUGCACUGAACAGUGGGUUGGAGCAGGCCAGAGAAACAACUCUCCAGAAUGUUCACUGACCUGAGACUGUGCUGCAGCUGGCUGGAAAUGGUGCUGAAACAGGAUAUGCAUACCUGCAUUCAUCUGUCAUACUGGCUUUAUUUGGAGUGCAUGGAAGAGGGGAUAAUUGAGGGAUAAAAGUGAAGUAUAAUUGUAUGUAAACAGAGCAGCAUGCUUUCCAAAUAUUUUAUAAGUUUCCUUUCGUCAUCCUGUUUUCAAAGUAGAUUGCUGUGCUGUCGUUCCGGACAUGUGGGUACAUUUGUAUUUAGACUGGUGUUUUUUGUAUUCUGUCGUUAAAAUAUUUCCAAUACUGUAUUUUUUUUUUUUUUUUUUACUGUAAAAAUAAAAUUUUUUGUAUUUGAA